UGCAGCUGCAGUGUGUCGGACUGGAGGCAGCGGGGGGAAAGGUCACCGGCAUGGCUCUCACGUAUCCGGUGACAAUGUGGGGAAAGUUGGACACCGCGAGGCGCAUUAAAUCCAAACCCAACGACGAGGAGAGGGAGUCGGCAUGACGAGCAAGCGGGGCGCAGCGCUGAGCGUUGAGGACAACGAGGAGGAAGAAGACUCGGCUGCGGCGAGAUAUUACGACGACGAAGAUGACCUGAAGGCAUUUUCAGACGCCGAGCUGGGCUGUGAGGACGGAGUGUUGGGCUUCAGCGAUUCUCUGAACGGAGAGGUCAAACCGCGAAUACUGUUGAUGGGCCUGAGGAGGAGUGGGAAGUCCUCCAUCCAGAAGGUGGUUUUCCAUAAAAUGUUGCCCAACGAGACCCUGUUCCUGGAGAGCACCAACAAGAUCUGUAGAGAGGACGUGUCCAGCAUCUCCUUCGUCAGCUUCCAGAUCUGGGACUUCCCUGGCCAGAUCGACUUUUUCGACCCCACCUUUGACUAUGAAAUGAUCUUCAGAGGCACUGGAGCGCUAAUCUUUGUCAUCGACUCACAGGUCAGUCCACAGAUACAUAAGGAAAAUAAUCAGGCCAACAGAAAUAGAAUAGGAGUAGGACAGACAUUGAACUUUUUUCCAUGGUAGUUCAAAAGAAAAUGCAGGCGUAAAUUGUUGUCGCAGCUUGCCAGGAAGAGAGCGGGCCCAGCCCUGGAGACGGAUGGCUGGCUAGUUAGCUAGGUAGCUUGCCUUUCUCCGGAGCAGCAGGAAGUUAGGUUGAAGGACUGUUAGACCCACCAGCCUUCUGUUUUGCUCAUUUUCUCAAACCAGUGUAGCAUUAAAGCAUGAUAGAAUUAGCAAGCCAGCUAACUAACCAAUUGUCGGCUCAUUAGCCAGCUAUCUAGCUUGCUAAUCUUGCUUUAAUGCUACAUUGGUUACAGUAAAUGAGCCGAACAAAGUUGUCACUCAUCUGGCGAUUGCACUGUACUUUCCUGCGCUGUGAUAUGAGUCUGGAUUAACAACACAGUCACAAGGCCGUAAAAAAGUCAGCAAACAAUCUAAUGGCUCAUUUGUUUUGUUUUUCAAUGUCCCUCAGUAUGAAUUUUUUUUCAGGACCACAUUACAUAACAAAACAAUCUGCAAUAAAACUAAUAAAUAACUACGUACAGUUGAGUUUAAGCAACAAAACCACAACAACACUUUGGGUCAUGCCACAUGGUUGAAAGUCACCAAAGUCCUGUUUGUUUCGUGACUAUUUCAUGACCUGCCACGAUACUGGGCUGGGAUGAAGCAAUAAGUUGUUCAAUUUUACUCAUUUACUAUGGCUCUCUAUGUUUUGUAAUGUUACUACUACCCCAAUCCUCAUUUUAUUCGUUACUGCAAAACCUCACCUCAGUGAGUCCACGAUUUGCUGCAAAUUUAGUUUAUAAGGAAGUUAGCCAGCUACAACGGUCGCAAUGGCAACUCUACACAUAAAAUUGGACGCCUCUCAAACAAUCCUGCUACAUUUAUUUGAAUGGGAAUGUCCCCUCUGCUCUAUUUCUAUGAUCAGUCCCUAUAAUGUUGCUCUAAAAUGACACUUCAAAUGUAGUGGUUGAUUUUUGAUCAGCAGCUUCGUUGAUUAUGCUCAAGUCUUACUAUCGUAAAUAUUAGUGGGGUUUUAAACAAUGCUACUGAAUACAGGUUCCUGUCUUACAGUUUUAGGACUUCCCGGGGGACUUGCCACAUCGCCACGGUCGUCCCUUCCUCUUCACAGACCGAAACUACCAAUGCAGAAAAUUUUAGAAAAAGUAUUCCUGUUACCUUUAUGUUGAGCUCGCUUUGCGCGUUCAAUCUGUGAGAGAGCAAAGGCUGUCCCGCAAAGGCCGUCCCGAUUGAAUCGGCUGUGGCUCGGCUGGUGGCUCGCCAAAUGUAGUGGUUGAUUUUUGAUAAGCAGCUUCGUUGAUUAUGCUCAAGUCUUAAUAUCUUACUGCUAACUUAAUAACUUUUCAGCUAUCUGACUAAUGGUGAGACACCACAGGGUCUCACUAUCAGGAACUCAUUAAUGAACACCCACAGAACACAAUAGAGAUUGGAUUGUCUUCACUCCAUGUAGGUUUUUUUGUAUCACACAGAGCACAAGCAAAUCGAGUUGUCCCAGGUUCAACUAACGUCACAAUAGAAAUACACAUCACUUUAUAGCUUUGUUCUGGCCCAGGUCUUGGUGACUUAUCUGUCCCUAGAGACCUGCCUCUAAGCUCCUGAAUUAGGCACACACAUCCGGGUGUCUGAUUAAUCACCAGCCUCCUUCCCAACCAUCUUCCUCUGGUUCACGCCACAGAUCAUAGUGACCUGCUUAUGUUUUUUACCCAUUAGAAAUCCUACACAUCUGUUCCUAGCCCUCUACCUAUUCCUUUGAGUAUCCUCUCGCUGCUAUCACCCAGGCCUCUGUGCACCCUAUGCUGACCAGCCUUAUCCCAAGUGAACAACGAAACCACUGUGACAGUGCCUGGAUGGCGAGAAAAACACAUUACUGACAUUCUUUCAUAACAUUUUGGGAUGAGUUGUGCAUGAGAACAGGUUACGAACCUUGGGUUCCUGUCUUCUAAAUGAUCAAUUGUUAGCCAUCCAUCAGACUCCCCCUUUAUACUAUAUCUCCCUGUCCCCUCAUGUUUUAUUGACAGCUCCCUUUUCCUAACUAACUGGCUCGACAUCCUGUUUCUCAUGCACACUCACAAAGAGUGAACUUUUCUUUAUUGUGAUAUAAAGGAUACAAGGAUUCAUAAGUGUGCAUAUACUUAGUAUAGGACAGGGGUCGGCAACCUUUUCUAUCCAAAGAGCCAUUUUGUCCUAUUUUACACCAAAUAAAAUUAGU